AUUCAAUUGGAUGAGCCCAGUUUAAAUUGUAUCGUUCAAGAUGGAUUCAUUUGAAGUACAUGUUUGCGUUAUGGAAUUGCGCCAUGUCUCUUUUCGCUUACGCGGUAUUUAAAUUUAAAAACACCAAAAAGAGGUACUGGGCGCGGGCAAAGCGAAACAAAAGCAUAAAUCGAGUGCACUGAAACCCUAAGAAGAAAGAGAAAGAGGAAGAAAAUGGGGCAUCACAACCACCACCACCACCACCACCAAGCAGCGGACAGUUUAGUGAAUCUAUUGACAAAGGCAAACCACGAUCUCACUCUAGUUCAGUUGAAGCUCGAGAAGGAGUUCCAGCAAGUCUAUCCCGAUAACGCCAAUCCUAUGAAGCUGGUUAACCGGAUAAAGAAGAUACAAGGGGAUAUUACUGCCCUGAAAGAGCAGUGCCGCGAGCUUCUUGUUGCUAAACAGGACUUGAUUGAUAAAGCUCAAACAACUCUCAUUGGGAACAGAAGUUUACUACAGAAAAUGCAAGCAUCCAUGGGCAUUCCCAUCACUAGUGCAGACGAGGACCCUGCAUUUGCUAAUCUCAACCAGAUUAUUGAUGAGUGGACAGUUCAAGUUAGAUCAAGAACAGGGGAUGAGGUGCAAAAUUCAGAACCAGAGGAUGUUAACAGAUUACUCUUCUCGGCUAUAGUUUAAAGGGAUUGAAUAUUCUUGUUGAAAAAGACUUCUAUUUGCAAGUUAUGCUUUUACAAUACACUGUGCAACAUUUUCUAUGUAAAUUUUGUAUGAUCUAUUGGGGAAUAAUUAAAUGCUUUAGAAAACUACACCCAUCCACUCCAAAACUGUGAAAACAUUCAGGUACAGUUCACUUUAAGUGCUUUAUCUUCAAUAGUGAAACAGAAAUCCAAAAACAUGUCAAUUAACCAGUCUGCUGAACAGAGAUCUCCUGUUAACAAUUUUGGCAACACAUGAUCCAAAUAUAUUCUAGCUA